ACUGGAACGUAAACGAAAGGUUGUUACGUAAGGACGCAAAUAAAGUUACGUUAGGACGCAUGUCGCCUGCUCCAGCUAAAUAUGUGCAAGAGUUAUUGAUACAACUACUUGAAUAUUCAUCUCAAUACACAGGGUUGCUUGACAACACAGAUGGUAACCAAAACAAGCUGAAGAAGACUACGCUGAUCUGCAUCAAAAAUUGGUCAAUCACAAAUUGGGUUAUUGUUAGCCUGCAAGAAGUGCCAAGAGAGAGAUGGUAGAUGACAAUAGACGAGGGGACGAUGAACGGGGUCCUGGAGCAGCAUAUCAAAUGUUCGUGGUUAUGGAGGACCUGCUGGACAAAUUGAAGCUUCUGGAUUAUGAAGAGGAAGUUCUGGCAAAGCACAACAUGAAAGCUCUAUCCAGGCAUUACUUUGCAUCCAGUGCCUACAUGCCAUCAAAUCCAGGGGAGCAAUUCUUCAUGUUUACCAUAAUCGCGUCUUGGCUCAUCAAUGCAGCAGGGAGACCCUUCGAGCAGCCUCAGGAGUAUGACGACCCCAACGCCACUGUGUCCAACAUUCUCUCACAGUUGAGAGCUUUUGGAGGACUGGUAGACUUUCCUCCCUCCAAACUAAAAGCUGGUUCAGGGGAACAUGUUUGCUAUGUGCUGGAUCGGCUGGCUGAAGAGGCUCUGAAGGAGAGAGUGUUUUCCUGGAGAAGACCAAACUACCCUACAGAGGAGAUGGAAGAAGAGUCUGUGAUGGAGGAUGAUGCAGAGCUGACUCUCAGUAAAGUGGAAGAGGAGAUGACAGAGGAACCAGACGACUGUGAGGAAGAGAACGUCAUGGAUCUAGAGGCACUUAAAUCAAGGACCAAUCAAAGUGAGGCCAGACUAUCUUCAAAGCCAGACAAUAUACUGGAAUCAAACAUGGACGCUGCCGAGUGGAAUCUAGAGGUCGAGCGGGUUCUCCCACAACUGAAGGUCACAAUCAGAACAGACCACAAGGACUGGAGGAUCCACGUGGACCAAAUGCAUCAGCACAAAGACGGGAUCAAAUCAUCUCUCAAGGAGGCCAAGGGCUACCUAGACAAGCUGCAGGAGGAGAUCGGUAAGACACUGGAGAAGGUGGGCAGCAGAGAGAAAUACAUCAACAACCAGCUGGAACACCUUAUCCAGGACUACCGCAGCGCCCAGUCCAAACUCAGCGAGGCAAGGGAAUGCUACCAGCAGGGAAGUGGUGGAGUUACAGAGAGGACCAGAGUUCUGGCUGAGAUCACAGAGGAGUUGGAGAAGGUGAAGCAGGAGAUGGAGGAGAAGGGCAGCAGUAUGUCUGAUGGAGCCCCGGUGGUGAAAAUCAAGCAGAGUCUGACCAAGCUCAAGCAGGAGAUUGUUCAGAUGGACAUUCGGAUUGGAGUGGUAGAGCACACACUACUGCAGGCCAAGCUAAAGGAGAAGUCCAACAUGACUCGAGACAUGCACGCCACCAAUAUCCCAGAGCCUGCCAUCGGCGCAUACUGAGAUAUACACAGUAUGGCAUUAUCUAUCAUUAGCUUACUGAACUUUAUAUAGCGAUACAUUAUGCCUGCGCAAUGAUAUUAUUUACAUGGUAUGGCACCUGCUAUGAGAAGGCAAGCAGUGGGUUACAUCCUGACUACAGCCAAUAUACCAAAGUCCUUAAAUUAUUCUAAACGGUCUGUUUAAGCAGACACAUAGAGAGACAUCUGUAUUGUUCUGACUUCAACUGUCAUAUGUUUCAUCAUAUUUGAUUGCAUUCGAAGGCUUUGUUGGCGUGGUUGAAUUAAAGUUUCUCAGUAUUUACAUACAUUAGAAUUAUAAAAUACAGAUUUGAAUGCCCAUAUGUUUUACAUCCAGGGGUUAAGUUUGCUAAUUGCCAUAUUUGUAAUGGAGAUAAUUAAACUGAUAUUUUUUUUUACAAAUAAGAAGUUGUAUAAUAGUACUGAUGUGGAUUUGAUGGGGACAUUUAUUUUGACUUUUUGAUGUGGUAAGGCUCAUGAAAUGUCUGGAAAGGUGAAAUUAUACAUGCAUCCAGCAAUUUGUAACGAAAAUAAUUGUACCAUAUAGAAAAGUGGAAAUACUUACAAAGUCGGCUGAGAUUGAUUGCCAGCAGUGUUUGCUAUGUCAGGGUACAUGAUGAAACAUUAAUAUAAAAAUCCAAAAGUAACUUUGGAAUUCAUAAC